UAGGUAUGAUAGUCAGUUUUGGAAUUUAAGGUUCGCAAAGUGGAGUAUGAUUCACAGACAGGUGAUUUUAUCCCAGGAAUUGGUGUGCUUUCAAUUGACGGGUCAUUAUGCUGCUGCACCUGUGUAGUGUUAAGAACUUGUACCAGAACAGGUUUCUUGGGCUGGCAGCCAUGGCCUCUCCCUCACGGAGCUCCCAGAACCGCCGGCGCUGUAAAGAUCCUGUGCGUUACAGCUACAACCCCGAGCAGUUCGCCAACGUGGACAUCCGUAAUGGUGCCCACGAGGCUAUCGGCAUCCCGCGCUCCAACAGCGACACCGACCUGGUGACCUCCGACAGCCGCUCCACGCUCAUGGUCAAUAACUCCCUCUACGCCAUUGGCCAGUCCCAGGACAUCAUCAUCUGCUGGGACAUCAAGGAGGAGGUGGAUGCUGGAGACUGGAUCGGAAUGUACCUCAUUGAUGAGGUCUUGUCAGAGAACUUUCUGGAUUAUAAGAACAGAGGAGUGAACGGCUCCCACAAGGGCCAGAUUGUGUGGAAGAUCGACGCAAGCUCUUACUUUGUUGAGCCGGAAACGAAAAUCUGCUUUAAGUAUUACCAUGGCGUGAGCGGGGCCCUCCGAGCGACCACCCCCAGUGUAACAGUGAAGAAUACCUCUGCACCCGUGUUCAAGCCCAUCACCAGCGAGGAGGUCACUCAAAGCCAGGGAAACCGACGGCUCAUCAGCUUCUCCCUGUCAGAUUUCCAGGCUGUUGGGCUGAAGAAGGGGAUGUUCUUCAACCCUGACCCCUACCUGAAGAUCGCUAUCCAGCCCGGCAAGCACAGCAUCUUCCCUGCCCUGCCCCACCACGGCCAGGAGAAACGGUCCAGCAUCGUUUGCAACACCAUCAACCCAGUGUGGCAGAGAGAGCGCUUCAACUUUGUGUCUCUGCCCACGGAUGUGCUGGAGAUCGAGGUGAAGGACAAGUUUGCCAAGAGCCGGCCAAUCAUCAAGCGCUUCCUGGGCAAGCUGUCCAUGCCGGUGCAGAGGCUGCUGGAGAAGCACGCCAUUGGGGAUCGUGUGGUGAGUUACACACUGGCCCGCAGGCUGCCGACGGACCAUGUCAGCGGACAGCUGCAGUUCAGAUUUGAGAUAACAUCCUCCAUUCACCCAGAUGACGAGGAGGUGUCCCUCUGCACGGAGCCCGACUGUGCUGUCGCCCCAGAAGAGCAGGUACAAGGCCAGGACAUGGACCCCGCCCGUGAGCUCCCGGCUGACGACGCGCUGAGCGUGGGGCCGGAGGCGCCAGAGCUGCCUGUGGAUGAAGCCUCCGCAGAUACGGCGGCCUGCAGCCCCACGGCCGACGAUCCCCCCGCUGAGGUCGCUGAGGAGGAGCCCGGAGGAGUUCCGGUGGAGGAGAGUGCAGAGGAGGCCACAGAGGAGCCAGCUACACUGGCGGGGGACGGUCAAGAGAGCGAGGUGCCACCCGACCCACAGCCUGAGCCCGAGGGCGAGUGCUCUGUCGAACGGGCGGAAGGGGAGUCAAACGAGGCGACGGCCGAGGGGGAGGGAACAGACGCGGCCGUGGAAACGCCGGCCGAGGUGGCACAGAUGGAAGACGAGGGGGCCGGGGAGGAGGAGCAGGCCUCCGGGCCGCAGCAGGGGGAGGAGGAAGAGAGCGAGGAUGGGGACUGCUGCUCCUUGCGCAUGAGGAACACCCAGAAGCGCAAGAGCCGGCCCUGCUCCCUGCCCGUGUCCGAGCUGGAGACAGUCAUCGCCUCGGCAUGCGGGGAGCCGGAAACCCCGCGCACCCACUACAUCCGCAUCCACCACCUGCUGCACAGCCUGCCCUCCGCCCAGCUCAGCCAGGACAGCGAGCCGGACGGGGCCGACCCCGAGUCCGAGGAGCUGACCGUCAAGCCCCCCGAGGGCAAGGAGGAAGGGGCAGAGGACAGCACCUCGGAGGUGGUGUCACAGACCCUGGGGACGGACGACGCGGGUCCCUGCUGCCGGAGGACCCUCCCCCGCAGCCUGUCCAUCGAGCGCCUGUCCGACCUUAACCAGCUCCUGGAGAGCGAGCAGCCGCCGCUGGAGACCGAGGGCGAGGUGGGGGGCCCCGGGCCCCCGGGGGGGAGCGAGUGCGACCUGUGCGACAACUCCUGCUACAGCACCUCCUGUUACAGCACCUCCUGCUACAGCACCUCCUGCUACAGCAACUCGGGCUACGAGGGCCGCAACCGCUUCUGCAGCCACACCCGCUUCUCCUCGGUGGACAGCGCCCGCAUGUCGGAGAGCACCGUCUUCUCCUCGCAGGAGGAGGAGGAGGAGGAGAACAGCGCCUUCGAGUCGGUGCCGGACUCCAUCCAGAGCCCUGAGGCCCGGGAACCCGGUGACGGGACGAACCAUUGGCUGGGGCCGCAGGAGGGGAGUCCCCAGGGCAACGCUGACAGCGGGGAGUCACCAGUGGCAGGGCCCAGCAACAGGGCCGGAGGCGAUUGCCCCUUGCCAUGCAGUCAUGCUCCAGUCAGCCAACUUCCUGCUUUGCGACCUGAUCCCCACCAUUACCCAACUAUUGACGAACCGUUGCCACCAAACUGGGAGGCGCGGAUCGACAGCCAUGGCCGGGUGUUCUACGUGGACCACAUCAACCGGACCACCACGUGGCAGCGGCCUACAACCGCCGCCAUGUCCAACGGGAUACAGAGGUCCGGCUCCCUGCAGCAGAUGGAGCAGCUCAACAGGAGGUACCAGAACAUCCAAAGGACGAUGGCCACAGAGGACGGGAGCGGACGGAGAAGUGAGCGAACAGGCAGCAUUGACAUGGAGACAGACUCCCCCCCACAGGCCAAUGAGCUGAGGAGGGAGUCUCCCUCGUCCCCGGUCAACACUCAGAAGAUCACUCUGCUGCUGCAGUGCCCUGCGGUCAAAUUCAUCACCCACCCCGAGUUCUUCACAGUUCUCCAUGCCAACUAUGGUGCCUACCGGAUGUUCACCAACAGUACAUGCCUAAAGCACAUGAUCCUGAAAAUACGCAGGGACGCACGGAACUUUGAGCGCUACCAACACAACCGGGACCUGGUCACGUUCCUCAACAAGUUCGCUGACACACAGCUGGAGCUUCCCAGAGGCUGGGAGAUCAAGACUGACCAGCAGGGGAAGUCGUUUUUCGUGGACCAUAACAGCCGGGCGACGACCUUUAUCGACCCCAGGAUCCCUCUGCAGAAUGGACGACUGCCAAACCACCUGACCCACAGGCAACACCUGCAGAGGCUACGCAGCUACAGUGCUGGAGAGGCGUCUGAGGUGUCCCGGAGUAGAGGGGCAUCCUUAUUGGCAAGGCCGGGAAACAGUCUGGUGGCAGCCAUUCGCAACCAGUACCACCAGGACGCAGUGCCCCUAGCUUAUAAUGACAAGAUCGUGGCAUUCCUCCGCCAGCCCAACAUCUUCGAAAUGCUUCAAGAACGGCAGCCAAGCCUUGCCAGGAAUCAUGCCCUUAGGGAGAAGAUCCACUACAUAAGAACAGAAGGCACACACGGGGUAGAGAAGCUGUCAUGUGAUGCAGACCUGGUCAUAUUGUUAAGCCUGUUUGAGGAGGAGAUCAUGUCAUACAUCCCUCCCCACUCCUUUCAUCCGGGUUACAGCUUCUCACCCCGCUGCUCCCCUGGAUCCUCGCCCCAGAACUCCCCAGGCUUACAGAGGGCCAGAGCGCCUGCUCCCUACCGCAGAGACUUCGAGGCCAAGCUCCGCAACUUCUACAGGAAGCUAGAAGCCAAGGGCUAUGGACAGGGGCCAGGAAAAAUCAAGCUAAUCAUUAGAAGAGACCACCUGCUGGAGGGGACUUUCAACCAGGUGAUGGCCUACUCUCGCAAAGAGCUCCAGAGGAACAAGCUCUAUGUCACCUUCAUGGGAGAGGAAGGGCUGGACUAUAGUGGCCCGUCGCGGGAGUUCUUCUUCCUGCUCUCUCAGGAGCUCUUCAACCCAUACUACGGCCUGUUCGAGUACUCUGCCAACGACACAUACACAGUGCAGAUCAGCCCCAUGUCAGCCUUUGUGGAGAACCAUCUGGAAUGGUUCCGGUUCAGCGGGCGCAUUCUGGGCCUGGCGCUGAUCCACCAGUACCUGCUGGAUGCCUUCUUCACCCGACCCUUUUACAAGGCCCUUCUCAGGCUACCAACUGACCUGAGUGACUUGGAGUAUCUGGAUGAGGAGUUCCACCAGAGUUUACAGUGGAUGAAGGACAAUGACAUCACAGACAUUCUGGACCUGACCUUCACUGUGAAUGAAGAGGUCUUUGGUCAGGUUACAGAGAGAGAGCUGAAGUCAGGUGGAGCUAACAUCCAGGUGACAGAGAAGAACAAGAAGGAGUACAUUGAGCGGAUGGUGAAGUGGAGGGUGGAGCGGGGCGUGGUGCAGCAGACAGAGGCACUGGUGCGAGGAUUCUACGAGGUGGUAGACUCUCGCUUGGUGUCUGUGUUUGAUGCCAGAGAACUGGAGCUGGUCAUUGCUGGAACAGCAGAGAUUGACCUGAACGACUGGAGGAACAACACCGAGUACAGAGGGGGGUACCACGACGGGCACAUUGUGAUCAGGUGGUUCUGGGGGGCGGUGGAGCGCUUCAACAACGAGCAGCGGCUGCGGCUGCUGCAGUUCGUGACGGGGACCUCCAGCGUGCCCUACGAGGGCUUCGCCGCUCUGCGGGGCAGCAACGGCCUGCGUCGCUUCUGCAUCGAGAAGUGGGGCAAGAUCACCUCUCUGCCCAGGGCGCACACAUGCUUCAACCGCCUGGAUCUGCCACCCUACCCUUCCUACACAAUGCUGUAUGAGAAGCUGUUGAUAGCUGUGGAGGAAACCAGCACCUUUGGCCUGGAGUGAGCGGAACUGACUUCAAUUGUUUGAAUUGGUGACUGGAAACAAAUUUGUUUUUUUCAUACAAAUAUGAUUUUCAAAAGACAAUAUCUGUUUUUUACAAUAUGUAUAUGAGUGAUUUAAACAUGUAUGCAUGUAUAACUCACCUGAUGUAUAGUACAUUCUAAGGGGGCUUGCACAAACCAAGAUGUAUGCAAUAGCAAAUACCUGGCUCCAGCCUAUUCAAUGCAUUGACGCGACCCCCAUCCCCAAGCCCAUCACUCCAUGCCAUGCACAGCGCAAUGGUCCAUCUCCCCUGACCGAGGCCACGGCCAAGGCUGACAUCAUCACAGGAAGUGACAUUCAUGAACGCCUUGGUUCCUCCUGCCAUUUCAUAGCAUCACGUGAAUUCAGCACAGCUGCUGAAGAAUGUUCAGUGACU